GUGUCUUAUAAACUCGUAUGUACACGGCACAAGAAUGAUGUAUGUACAUAAUAAAUGGGUACGUUUAGGCCGGAGGCGUUGUAGUUUCCGGUGAACCCUUUUUUACAUUAUUUAUCGUGCGUGUGUGUGCGCGCACCUGUGGAGCACGGGUCGGGGUGCCCAUUAAUGAAAACGGCCGAGGACGCGUUCGCGGUGUACUAGCGCGCGCGUGCGCGGGUCCACCGCGCCCGACCGGACGCCGCGCGAACGCUUCCUGGCCACGGCGGCGCGCAACCGGUUUGCCGCAGCCGCACCAUGAAUGAACCGCGGCGACGCGGACAAUCUUUAAAAGCGGCGGCGGCGGCGCGACGACGACGACGACGACGACGACGACGCCACCGCCGACGAGCCGCAGCCGCCAUUCAUCGUUCGCGACGCGUACGGUUCUGACACGCACUGUCGACGCAAACAGAGACUGCAGUUGUAUAGUUGUCAUUCGUUGCACACACACACAAUAUUCAUUAUUCUUUUUCUUCUUCUCAUAAUUAUUAUUGUUUCUCGUAUUCGGUUUGGCUUUUUUUUUUUUUGGUUUUCUCGAGUUUUUUACUUGUUACGAUUCGUCGAUCGUCCGUUUAAUAUAAUAACGUAUAUCAUAUUAUAUUAUAUCACAGUACGAUAGCGCUAGAUCGGGUUAUGAGCCUGUGCGUCAUGUUCUCGAGAUACGAACAACACAAUCGGCACCGGGACGGUCGGAACAACAAGGCGGACCGGACCAGACACCUGUGGCAGCCGUGGGUGGAGAGGGCCGCCGACUACUUUGACGAUCAUUCGAGGUCGCUGUCGCUGAGAUGUUCGGCGAUGGAGGGAACCGUCGGCACCGUCGGCAAAUGGAAGCGGGAGAGAAGACACAGGGCCGUCUGCACGUCACCCGUAUCGCCAACUCCGCCGCCUUUCAGAAACUCUCAAGAGCCGCUAGACAUGACAACGACUGCUGGUUCCAGGGCGCUGCCCAAAGAACGAGCUUCGGUGAUCAUGGCGUCGCCGGCCACCGGACACAGGGCAUUGUCGUCGUCGACGGCCGCGGCGACAGGCGGCAUCAGCGACACAGGCAUCGACGAACAUUUCAGACGGUCGUUGGGCAAAGACUACAUGAACGUGUUCGCGCCGGCCGCUGCGCAACGACAACAGCAACAGGUCGCCGUUACGGCCGCCGCCGCACCAUCGACCGAUGGUGACGAUGACGACGACGACGACGACGACGCGGGAUUAUCAGCGGUCGACGAUCAUUUCGCCAAAGCUCUGGGCGACACCUGGGUAAAGCUGCAAAAAGAAGAAUACCAGAAAAAGAGAAAAGAGACAGCCGCCGCUGCUGCUGACGGCAGGCAAAAAGUGAACGUAUACGCGGCGUGAGGGAGAAAACCGACCGAAAAAAACGGAAUAAAAAAUGAGAUAAUUUUAGGGGAUUUGUGUUAUAUUUAUAUUGUAAGUGCAGCAGGAACGGCCGGAUGUGAUCCCGGCUUCGGGGCGGUGGGCUAAACUGCGUAGACUAUUAUUUUAUGUAUAUGAUUAUUCUUUGUACACUUUAAACUUUGUAAAUAAAAAAAAACAAACAAGUA